AACCAAGCUGCGCGCGCAACUUGUGCCAUUUUCAAGCUAAUGUUGUUGUCCACUACGAGUCCUGCAGGUUUAACCCAGCCCCCUUUUCCCUUAAAGCAAGCCUAUUUUAACAUAUUUAGCAGAAUAGCAAUUUUAACCAAUCAUGUCUAAUCGGAAUACACCUGAUCCAAGCACCCCGAAAAGCGGUUCCCCUCCUCCGGCUGCAGAGGAGACGAAGUCGGACUCCCCAGCUCCGGAGAAGCCCGAUGCGGCGAACAAAGACGAUCCGCCUAAGGAGUCCUCCCCCCCGGCUACAGAGCAAGCCGAGGACCCCGGGGAAGAGUCCAACUCCGACGAGGGACCUAAAGAAAUGACUUUAGAUAUGAGUUGUUUUAGAAAACCUGGGGAGAAAACUUUUACGCAGAGAUCGAGGCUGUAUGUGGCCAAUAUUUCUCCAGACAUCACCGAAGAGGAGUUCAUUCAGCUUUUUGCAAAAUAUGGGAAAACUGAAGAGGUAUUCAUAAACAGAGAGAGAGGUUUUGGAUUACUGCGACUGGAGACCAGAAUUCUUGCAGAAAUCGCCAAAGCAGAACUUGACGGGACUCUUGUAAAUAACCGCCCGAUUCGAGUUCGUUUGGCGUCACACGGGGCAACUCUCAAAGUCCGAAACCUGCUUCCUGUUGUGACCAAUGAACUUUUAGAACAGGCGUUUUCUCAGUUCGGGCCAGUGGAACGGACGAUCGUGAUCACAGACGAUAGAGGACGACCAACAGGAAAAGGAAUAAUUGAGUUUGCAAAUAAAGUCGCUGCUCGUAAAGCUUUGGAGAGGUGCACAGAGGGAGCCCUACUGCUAACAAACACGCCUUGCCCAGUAAUAGUCGAGCCUUCAGAACAGUUUGAUGAAGAAGAUGGACUGUCAGAAAAGAUAUUACCCAAGACUCCAAGAUACUACAAAGAACGUGAGCAGCAGCCUCGGUUCGCUCAGCCCGGUACGUUUGAGUUUGAGUACGCGUCUCGGUGGAGAGCUCUGGAGGAGAUGGAGAAACACCAGAAGGAGCAGGUUGACAAAAACAUCCGAGAGGCCAAAGAGAAACUGGAGCAAGAAUUGGAGGCAGCUAAACACGAACACCAGCUGAUGCUAAUGAGACAAGACCUAAUGAGACGCCAAGAGGAGCUGAGACGGUUAGAAGAGCUUCGAAAUCAGGAACUACAAAGAAGAAAGCAGAUUGAGAUGAGACAUGAGGAGGAGAGGCGGCGCAGAGAGGGAGAGAUGAUGAGACACAGAGAGCAGGAAGAGCAGAGACGACCGCCAGAGCAGAGACCCAACUACCCCAACAUGGAGGGAAGGGAGCAGGAGAUGAGAGCAGCCGACAUGAGCCAACGAGGACCUGUUAAUAUGGGAGAGGGCUUUAACCAGGCUGCUCUGGGCCCUGGAGUGACCCACCCUCAGAUGAUGGGGAUGAGACCGGCUGCCAUCAGUCCAGAGGGAGCUGCCAAUAUGAGCCCAGCCAUGGGGCCUGAGAACGGAGCUAUGAGGUACCCCCAGCCCGGUUCUAUGGGGAUCCGCCCAGACAUGGACCCCUCCAAACAGCCCCCGCAGCAGCCCUCUCCUCUGGGCUCUCAGAUGGGCCAGUCCCAGGCCUAUGGAAGCCCCCUGGGAGGAGCCUUCGACGGUCCGAACAACAAGAGACGGAGAUUUUAACUUCAUCAAAAUCAUUCAUGGACAUUGAGAAGAUGGUUACUAUUUUUAUAUGGUUUUGCGUUUACCAUUUUGUGUUGUUUUUACUUAUUUAUUUGGUCUUUUGGUGUGGGCAGCAUUAUUUUGAGUUGCAUUAUGUCCUGUAGUUCAUUUGUUGUAGAUCCUUAGGCAAAAAAGUAAACAUUUUAAAGCAAGAUUAAGAUAAAAGAACCUACACAAUGGGGAAAUUCCAGUGUUACAAAGCAUAGUUUAAGACACAGUUUAAUCAGUUCUAAUGAAAUUGCAAUGUUAGGUAAGGUAAUGUUACUUGAAAACAACAAAAACCCUGUAGUGUAGACCUUUAUAAAUCUGUUCUGAAAUGCAUGGGGUUCUUACAUUAAUUCAAGAUGCAGUAUGUAACUUUUCUGGUAGAGGGUCUGACAUCUGCUUGUCUUCAGGGAGCGCAGUAUGGCAUAAAACUUAUCUGUCUCCAUGGUUACAAGCAGGUGAUGCCUCUAGGCCAAUUUAUGGGACAGUUGUAUAUAGAGGUGACCCCGUUCAUAGUAAGAAGGUUUACUUUUCAACAUAUUUUUGACCAAUAAAAACGCUUGUAAUUGACUAAAUGUAAAAUAUAUAGGAUUAAUGCCAUACUGUGGAAUAUUCCAGUCAAAGCAAUAACGUCUCCCCUCCUCCAGAAAAGUUACAGUUUUAAAAAAGAUAGCAGUUUUAAGCAGUUCAAAUUUUAGUAUCAAAUAUCCCAGUAUUAUAACAUAAAUUGCAAAUCUAAUCCAAAUUGCCAUACAGUUUUAGUUUGUUUACUUUUUUUUUGCUUUACUUCAAUAUCUCUGUGAUAUGAAUUUGUCUUAUAUUUUUACAUCAGAUGCCCUACCUGAUACAAUCUCUCCAUUUAUCCAGGAUUUGGACUGGCUUAAAUGUUACUAUUGACUUUAUUUUACAAUGAAAAAAUGUAUUACGAGUUACUACCAUUUUAAUGCUGCUGUAUGUCCAAUAUACAAUUAUGAGACACAUUACAGGACGCCGCAAUAACACUAGAAUAUCGGUGUUUUAAGGAAUUAAAAGAUUUAUCGUAAACU